AUGUCAAGCUAUAAUGCACCCCGUGAAAGCCCUGAAGUCCCCAGGCCUCCAGAAUCUCCUGCAUUGACCAUGGAGAAAAAAGUUGAAACCACAGAAUCCGUGGACAAGCUUCCGCAGGCCGACUACCUUUCGAGAGUUAAACUGAAAGUUGGGCAGGGUUGUGAUAUACCAUAUUACCAUCACCAACUUCGCGUUCACGAUGAUAACGGCUUGUGGAAGUUCUCCCGUGUCGACCGUGAAGACUAUGUUGAUACUAGUAAAGAGGACUUUUGGUUGUUUUCCAUCCAUGUGAAUGCGGCAGCGAUGUUCUUUUUGAUCGGAGGCAAGAAUCCGAUUUUCCUGGAAAGCGCGCCCAACUGGAAUAACGCCUUCAACACCACACAGACGGCUAUACACCAGAAGCAUGGUUCUAAAUAUUACGACGCCUAUUUUGAACUCUGGAACGAAAGACUCGUGGCUGUUCGUGUCCCUAAGGCGACCAAUCCGGCGAUCACUGUAUGGGGCGGGGGUAACUAUGCUGCCCUCCAUUGGGUUGGAUUGUACGUCAAGACCAACACUAAUGGUGAACGUGAAUUCAUCGCGGUAAAUACCAACAAGACGCUUCUCCCUAAGUACAACGACAGGAAGACCGUAUCGAGCAUGACAGGGGCAGAUUUGACUGGUCCUGGCCGCACUAUCACACUCUUCCCCAAGCAGCUAUUCGGGACUAAAGGGGAUAAUAUGAAAACAUAUUACGAACAUGUAUCUGAAAGCCCUUACAACCCCUUGGGUCCCAAACACUGGGAGUCUAUCCCACCAGAGGAAAGGCACCAUGGUAAGGUUCCAUCAUAUACAUGGAAUACACACCGAGACACCUUUAUUAAAACUAUCGCUGGGCAUGAUAAGUUGACAGGUCUCGUAUCUGUUACCAGAGUAAAUGAUAGGGAGGUUAUGUAUAACUACACGACUGGGUACUCUGUUUACCUGGACAAACAGCCGGGCUGGGGAACGGUGAUUAACAUAUUUGGAUCACUGUUAGCGGCGGCCCACGGCUUGGCCACUGGAAACUUUAUGAAAGUAAUCGAUGAAAUCGGAAAACUCACAGCAGGUGAUAUUGAAGCGAAAGGUGCAGAUGUUAAGGGCUUGAUCACGACGGUGGUGCAAAUUGUCCAGGAUAAGUUAGGUAAAGACGCGGCGAAGGACAUCAACACAGAUGGCGUCAAGGACCUCAUGGCAAGGCUUAGUAAUGUGGACAGAGAGGAUUUUGGUCGUGGCUAG